UUUUGUCUACUCGCGAUUUUGUGCCCAAUCCAUGCCAGAGGUCUCUCAAGCACACCUGAUGCUUACGAACAAUUGCGACGAGUGGUGGCGAGUUGAGGCGUGCGCGAUGAAGUAUUGUGAGUUGAAGGUCUAACCUCUCAAAAAAGAUCAGUCUAGAUUAAUUCUGUCGGCUUUCGAUUUCUUUGCCAUGGAUAUUAAUUGUUGAUCUUGUCAUUGUAUAGAUGCCAAUUUAUUAUUAAUAUUUGUACAAUUCUAUCAGGUUUAUUUUCUUUGAUUUCUUGACUGAAGUCUGUAGAUUAUGUGAAUUAACAAUAUUCAAGAUGAAUCUAAUGAAUAAAUGCACCCAUUGGGGAUGCAUUUUAAGAAGUUCUGUCUAUCGAAAAUAUUCUGUCAAAUCGGCUAAGAAACUGCUACAAAAAGAUUCAUCCAAAUCCUCCAAAAAAGGAGAAAAUGCUAAGCUUUUAAAAAGAUAUAAUAAAGAAAAUAAAUUGUUAUUUGGUAGUUUAGUGGAAACUUUGCCACAAAAAAGGAAAAAAGAAAUAAAUGGACCAAUAAAUGAGAACUUAAACUACAUGUCAGAUGCAAAUGAUAAAUCAUCAGAAGCUUGGUGGUGGAAAUCAAGACUCAAAGCAAAUGUCAAACCAAACCAUACCUUACUACCUUCCCAAGAAAACAGGUGUGAUGAAGCUAACACAUCAGGGAAUAUGAAAGAUAUUACUGAAUAUGGAAGUGUUUUAAGGAGUAAUGUUUGUGAACCUACCCCUGUAAUGAGUGAAAGGAUUGUUAAUAACAUCGUAAGAUCUAGUGUUUUCCAUAAAUCGAAUCUCAGACUGCCAAACAUUAUAGUGAAAAAUCUUGCUGUUUUUCCUUUGGAAAAUAAACGGAAACAGACAUUGCGUCUUUCUUCCAGUAGUUCACCAAUUCUCCACGUAUCCCCAACCGAAGAUAAUGAUUUGGUUAGAACCAAGUCUAAAGAAUAUCCCUCUGUGAGUAGGAUUUUAAAUGCAACAUUGUCUGAUUCUUCAAGAGCUGCUCUUCAAAAAUGGAAAGAAAACCUAAUUGCAGAAUUGGGAGAAGAAGGGUUUCAGAAAUAUCAGAGAGCACUGUUAGAGCAUGGUCAAAUGUUUCACAAAACUGUGCAGGAAUUUUUAUCAGGUGAAUCGAUUGAUGACAUUCAAAUAGAUUCAGCUGUUGAGGGCUGUUGGCUUAGCAUACAGACUACGUUGAAGGAAAUUGGUGCAGUGAAAGUUCUAGAAAGGCAUGUGGUACAUGAGGAACUUCUGGGAAAAUUGCUGCUUAUAGAAUGGAAAAAAUCAAAUAAACAGAAAUCUACUCUCUGGAAUACUUAUGAUGCUCCAUUACAAGUUGCAGCAUAUGUAGGAGCAUUAAAUUUUGAUACCAAUUAUGAUAUAAAGGUUGAUGGUGGCCUUGUAGUUGUGGCUUAUUCUGAUGGGUCUCCAGCUCAUGUUCAUCCUCUGAAUAAGUCACAAUGUGAGAAGUAUUGGCAAAUGUGGCUGAACCGCCUUCGGUUGUACUGGGACUUAUUUGACAAACAGGAAGCAAGCAAUGUUCCAAAUGCAUUGUCAUUGUGAUGUUUUGCUAUACAUAUUACUUGUUGCAAUAAUAUUAAAUUUUUACAGAAACUUCUGUGUAAUGUUAAUAUCAAUGAUAUUGUAUAAAUAUGUUUUCAAUAUUAAGCAAGAUCAAGAAAAGAAAAAGUUACUAUAUUUUAAUAAUGUAUUUUUUCUUUAUUUGCAACAAGUUUGUUUCAUUUCCAUGAUUGCUCUACACA